AUGGAUAGUGCUUCACAAAUGUUCUUUGACGAGCUUGAUCGCCGGUUUGUGCCCACCGGAGCACAGUUCGAUGUGACGCAGUGGAUGAAAUCUCUAUCCUACGAUACAAUGGGCUUGAUGACAUUCUCCCGGCCAUAUGGCUACGUUCAGCAUGGGAGAGACUUACACGGCAUCAUGGACGACGUGAACAGGGCAAACCUGAUUAUCGGACCCAUGACGCAGAUACCAUGGCUCGAUUGGCUCUUGCAUAAGAACUGGGUAGCAAAUCUUUUCAAACGCGAAGCCAUUGCCCUCUGCUGGACUACGUCUUGGCGAGUAUUUCAGAGCGUCAGGAAAAACAUCGGAAAAGUCCCAAAUCGCCCUCCAAUGCAAACGUCGACGGACCCAUUGCCGACUGUGACUUCCUCGGGUAUUACCACAAUGCCCAGGAGAGAAAGGAUAAUGGGCCGACUCCACGGCUUCCAUGCUUCGAUCUGUGGUCACCCUGACGCACUGGAAACGGUACGGGCCGAGCUGCGAGAUAAGCAACGCACUGCCACCGGGCUCACUCUACCUUUCCCGCAAUGGCAUGAGCUGCAGAACCUCCCCUUCCUCGACGCCUGCAUUAAAGAGUCACUCCGGCUUGACGCUCCAUUUGCUAUGCCUCUUGAACGAGUAGUUCCGGCGGAGGGAGCCACAAUCUGUGGUCACUUUUACCCUGGAGGCACCGUGGUUGGCAUGAGUCCAUAUAUUACUAACCGCUAUAAGCCGACAUGGAGUUUUGAUGCGGAUCAGUGGCGUCCCAGUCGCUUGUUGGAAGGCGAACCGUCGCAUACCAGAAAGCUUGAAGCCAGUCUGCUUAGUUGCUCCGACAUCGUUGUCGUGGCCGACAUACCCCCAGUGCCACCCAUCCGCCCUCCGGACGCCGUCCGGAACGAACCUCAGGCGUCUGCAUCUACCUCUGGCCACCUCCGACAUCGCCUCCGGCGCAUUAACGAGCUGCCAGCCUUAACUCUCGGCCACUCUGUAACCUGCGGCUGCGAAGAUUGCCGCAAUCGCCGGUUUAACCGGAUGACUCCGAUGGAGGAAGGCUGGCCUGAAUUGUAA